AUGACUAAGAAAACCUGGAAUAAGAAACCUUCUAAUAAAUUAACAAGAGUCAUUUCAUGUUCAUUUGUUAUUAUAGGUCUGCUUUGUUUUUUAUUGUAUACGUGGAAUGACUAUAUAGAGACCACGGCCGUGUUUGGUAAUAAAGCUAACAAACUUUCAGUUCCUUCACAAAAUGAAAAUGCUAAUCAAGAGACAAUAUCCAUUACUGACAGAAUAGAGUCUAGAACUCGUAUCACUACCACAAUUAAACCUACAGUUACCACACCUUCAUCUCCAACAACUUAUAAUAAUGAGGCUCAAGAAAAUUAUUUGAAAGUUAAAGAACAAAUCUCUUCAAUGAGAAAGAAAAUAGAAGUUGAAACUACUUCAAUGAAAAAGUCUACAACAAAUAGUAAUAACCAUGUAUCAUCUUAUUCUCUAGAUGCCACCAGCAAAGGUUCUUUUAACCCAAUGAAAGCUUUACAUCAGAUAUUGAAUACCUCCCCAGUUGUCCUAUUUAUCGAUGCUACCUCGAUGGGUGACGAAUUAAAUAAGAGCAAUUUGUUGAAAAAUAUACUUUUAAAUAAUUAUGAAAUUUCUCCCGAACUUGUUAUUGUGGAUCUUAAUAAACAUACAAAUGGUAAUCUACUACAAGACUAUAUCAAAGCUUAUAAAUUAAACGAUGAUGAUGAUACUCAACUUCCUUAUCUUUUCAUAAAUUCAAGAAGUGUUUUAAACAAGACUUAUAAGCAACAUUUAUUGGAAUAUCAUGCAUCGAACAAGCUUCUAAAUAGAUUUAAAAAGUUUGCUGAGGGUAAAGUUAUAUUUGAUAAAUUGGAAUUGCCUUCAAACUCCUAA